UACAUUGGAAUUUAAACGACGACCGUGGCGUUGCUAGAGCAACCACGCCACAAAAAUUCAAACGUCAAAUUAAUACAGCGUGAAUUCAGGAGAACGGGAACGUUUUGGCAUUGUCCCAAUUUGCCUGAAUAAACUCUAUACAUUAAUGUAUAGAAUUAAAGUACUAAAUUAUUUGAAAAAUAUCAAGUGACACGUGCGGAGGUUAGUCAAUAUUUGAUCCAACGCAUACUAAAAAAUGUGAGAUUUAUUUCGGAGCCACAAACUUGGAAAAGGAAACACAGGAAAUGACGAAAGAAGUGAUGGAUAAUGGACCUCUGUUUGAAACAGAAAGCGAGCGGGGUGGAGAAGUAUCGUGAUUUAGACGUGUUUACUGUUUUCUUCUGGAAUACAGCUACUUAAAGGCCAGGAGCAACAUCAUUAAGCACAAUGUCUGCUACGAUCCCUCAAAAGGGACUGGGUCCAGGUAUGCCAGCAAUCCCCACUCAGCAGCAACAAGUGCAGGGACACAUGGCUUCUGGGUUAGGACCUGCCCAGCCUGGCAUGCCUCCACAAGGUGCCCUGCGUGAAAUCUCUCCAGUUUAUUUGUGUCGCAUUGGUCAGGAGACUGUCCAAGACAUCGUCACACGAACAAUGGAAAUCUUCCAGAUCACACGGGCAACUCAGCUACCCAAUGGCGUGACACAAAGCCAGGCAUCGUAUCAGGACCGCUUUGGAAAGCUGCAAGAGCAUCUGCGGCAACUUGCGCUUCUCUUCCGUAAGCUACGUCUGCUGUAUGAGCGCUGUGUAGAGAUGACAACUGAUCUGCAGGAAACUCCAACAGAACUGGUUCCUUAUGUAGGGGAGGAGACGGCACCUGUGAGGGUAGAGCCAUGUAGUCCAGCGGUUAUCCAGGAAAGACAAGAAGUUCUAGAGAAAGUGAGGCAGAAAAACCAAGAGAUGAAAGCGCUAAUGGACCAAAUGAGGAACUUACUCUGGGACGUCAACGCCAUGCUCACAAUGAGGAAAUGAGAACGCUCCUUAUCACACUUCUGCCCAGCUUGUCAAACCACAUCCCACAACUUUCUAAGCAAUUCGGGUGCUCUUAUGAAUAUAGCUGUGUGUCUUUCAUCUAUUGAUUGUGAUAAUGUCACAUUUUAUCUUGACAAACAAGAUAAGACUUCUUAUUUACAGUAUUUAUCCACAAUGCUCUGAUUUGCAGCUGUGUAUCAAAGCACUGAAUUAGGAUGAGUUUUAGCAAACUGCAAGUAAUGUAAAAGGUCACACUUUGACCUAGAGAUACUUUUUUGCUUGAUAUUUUUGUUGCGUGUCACAACUUGUGGUUCUCGGUUAGAGUGUGUCAUUGUGGAAAUGACUGUAACUGUAGAUCUGAGCUCUGGAUUACUCUCUAUCCCUUAAUAAUACUCAAAUGAACUGUUGGUUUUAUAUGGAAAAGUUUCUUUUGUUGCUUGGACUCAAUGAAUUUAAAAACGGUUUUAUACAAAAUAAAAAAGAAAUGACUUCCU